GGGCGGCGGUGGGUUAGUGCCGGUGCGGCAGCAGCGAGGAUGUUCGAGGCGCGGCUGGUGCAGGGCUCGGUGCUCAAGCGGGUGCUGGAGGCCCUCAAGGACCUCAUCACCGAGGCCUGCUGGGACCUGGGCUCCGGCGGCAUCAGCCUGCAGAGCAUGGACUCCUCGCACGUGUCCCUGGUGCAGCUCACGCUGCGCUCCGAGGGCUUCGACACCUACCGCUGUGACCGGAACAUCGCCAUGGGGGUCAACCUGUCCAGCAUGUCUAAGAUCCUGAAGUGUGCUGGGAAUGAAGACAUCAUCACUCUGCGAGCAGAAGACAAUGCGGAUACACUGGCACUCGUGUUUGAGGCACCGAAUCAGGAGAAGGUUUCUGAUUAUGAGAUGAAGCUGAUGGACCUUGAUGUGGAGCAGCUUGGAAUUCCAGAACAGGAAUACAGCUGUGUAGUGAAAAUGCCUUCUGCUGAGUUUGCCCGCAUCUGCAGGGACCUCAGCCACAUCGGUGAUGCCGUUGUCAUCUCCUGUGCCAAAGAUGGGGUGAAGUUCUCAGCUAACGGGGAGCUGGGCAAUGGAAACAUCAAACUGUCCCAGACCAGCAAUGUGGAUAAAGAGGAAGAGGCUGUGACAAUAGAGAUGAAUGAGCCAGUGCAGCUGACCUUUGCAUUGAGGUACCUGAACUUCUUCACCAAAGCCACCCCCCUGUCCCCUACAGUCACGCUCAGCAUGUCUGCAGAUGUUCCUCUUGUUGUGGAGUACAAGAUUGCUGAUAUGGGACACUUAAAAUACUACCUGGCUCCAAAGAUCGAAGACCAACAAGAAGGUUCUUAACUGGAGCAGGACUGAAGGGUGAGGGGACAGCCUGGAGAAGGAAGUGGUGGUGGUAGCAGUUCCAGUGCAUUGGAGCGUCAUACAAGCACUGUUAGGCCUGUUGUGUAGAUACCUUUGUAAAUACUUUUUACCUUCCUCUUUUCCUCUACUGCUCUCAUUGGAAAUAGGAAAUGCUGUGUUUUUUCUAGUGUAUGCCUGUGCUUGCAGUAGCCUCUUAGAUGCUGUCUGAAGGUGAAGUAUUUUACUCCUUGGCUUAGAGAAGGGAUGCAAUAUUUAACUCGAGUAAAGAUGAUGUUUCCUGGAGUUUCACCUGUGGAACUGUAGUGGACUAGGGCUGCUCUUCACUUAUGCCAUGAGUUAAUUUGACCUUACUUCAUCCAUUUCUUUUUGAAGCUGAUAUUCCAACUGCAACUUAAAAAAAUGGAAAUAAAAGAAUCUAAUUUUCAAGGGUU